GUCAGUUAUCACCGACUAUGGUGUUUGCAUCAGCUAUUUUUGUGAGAGUUUUAGUUGCACAUCUAAUCCAGUUAUCAUAUUGUGGCAAAUGUAGAUAUAGGUCUUAUUCGCCUGAAGUCUGUACUUGUAUAAAUUAUGAUGAAGAAUUUCGAUGUCUGGAUGAUUUAGAAUGUGUUAAUAGACGUUACUUUUGUGAUGGAUACAAACAUUGUAAUGAUGGUUCGGAUGAGGAUCCCGAACGAUGUAAAGCCCUACCUUGUCCAAAAGAAAUGCGUAAAUGUGCAGAUGGAGUACGAUGUAUUUAUGCAAUAGAAUUCUGCGAUGGCAAACAAGACUGUUUAGACGGAUCAGAUGAGCAUGCGUUUUUGUGUGAUGGUGAAACUGACCAAAUCAGUUCUAACCGUAGAACUGUCAGCAGAAUUGACCAAAGCAGUCAGGACUGA